ACGUACCAAAAAAAAUAGAGUAACAUAAACAUAUCAACAACAUGAAGGUCAUUCUCUUCCUCCUCUUUAUAGCUAAUGGAGCAGCAGCUCCAGCGCCUGUUCCUCAAAUCAAUUGUUUGAGCUGGCGUAUGGCGGUUGAAACCAACAACAUCCGUGACUGGAAAACAGUACCCGUUCAAUGCAAAAGCUACGUGAGCGAGUACAUGACUAGCCAGCAAUACCGCGACGAUUGUAACGCCGUGGUCAUCGCUGCUAUUCAGUACGCCAAGACCCUUAACGUUUCCAAAGAAGGCAAGGACCUUUGGGUCUUCAAUAUAGAUGAAACCACGCUCUCUAAUGUUCCGUAUUAUUCUCGUCCUGAAGUCGGCUUUGGGGCAACAAAAUCAAGCGGGAAGAAGUAUGAGUCGUGGAUUAAAGAAGGAAAAUCACCAGCAGUGCCAGGUGCUCUCUUACUGUAUAAAACAUUGUUGGAUUUGGGUAUUAAACCAAUCUUUAUUACGGACACGAAGGAAGAAUUCAGACAACUGAGAAUUGCAAACCUAAAGAAAGCUGGCUACCAUUCUUGGUUCAAGUUCAUUUGCAAGGGAAAAAAUGAUUCAGAAUUAUAUUCAGAACAUAAAGGUAACUGGAAAACUCAGAAAAGGGCAGAAUUGGUGAAAGCUGGAUACAGACUUGUUGGCAACUUAGGAGGAUGGGAUGAUAUUAUUGUAGACUUCUUGUUGCGCACUUUCAAAAUGCCGAAUCCCAUGUACUACUUUUAAGGGUUGAAACUAAAUUACCCACUUCGAAAUAAGGUGUCUCUGAAAUGUUUCAAAGUGCCAUGAUAUUAAUGUCAAGCAAAGAUUUGGGCGUAUGAUCGUCACUUUGUUGUA